UACUCGACUCUCACCACUCUGCCCGCGCGGGGCUCUGGAGCAGGUGCUUGGGAACAGCUGGGAGCAGGAGCCACUUUUGGGGUCAGCCCGGCCCUGUCUUGGGGGGGGGGCUGGGCCCCCCGCACCUGCGACAGCGUCACCAAGGCCCAGCAGCUGUCGGUGUCUCUCAGUGGCACCAUCCCAGCUGCCACUCAGCCCCCGGCUCCCUCCCCUCCGCUGAGUGCCAAACGCGCAGCUUGGGGCGGAGAGACCGACCCCGCUUAGCUGGCUGCCGGGGCUGCGGGACCCUCGCCGUGCCGCCCUGUGUGGGGCCGGGGCCUACGAGCCAUGCUGUCCUCUCCGGCCGUGGUGCUACACCCGUACAGCCUGCCCGUCUACCCGCAGGUGCCCCAGUGCUACCCCGGCCUGGUUCAGGGUAGCCAGGAUGCAGCUGCCCCCACCGACCCCAUGACUCAGACGUACCCCGCCCCGUACCCCCCGGCCCCGGCCCGGCUGGCCCCGCCAUUCCGCCCGCCCGGCGCCCUGCAGGACUACCCGCCGCAGCCCCCCGCCGAGCACAGCCUGUACCUCUACCCGGCUGGCCAGCCCCCCCCGGAGCACGCCGCCCCACCGGAGCCCCUGGGGCCAGCCCUGCCUCCUCCCCCCGUGCCAGCCGAGGAGAGUCCCGCGGCCGCUCUCACCCCAGAUGGCCGGGAGGCGGAGAGCGAAGAUGGCAAAUCCCAGCCCAAGCGGCUGCACGUCUCCAACAUCCCCUUCCGCUUCCGUGACCCCGAUCUGCGGCAGAUGUUUGGGCAAUUCGGGAAGAUCCUAGACGUGGAAAUCAUCUUCAAUGAACGUGGUUCUAAGGGUUUCGGCUUUGUGACCUUCGACAGCAGCCAGGACGCUGACCAGGCGCGAGAGAAGCUGAACAGCACCGUUGUGGAGGGCAGGAAAAUUGAGGUGAACAACGCCACGGCCCGUGUGGUCACCAAGAAGCCUCCGGCAGCGCCUGCGGUGAACGGUUGGAAGAUCAACCCCUUGGUUGGCGCUGUCUAUGCCCCCGACCUCUACACAGUGGCCACCAUCCCCUACCCGAUGGUGGCCCCGGCGGCGCUGGCCUAUCGCGGGGGCCUGCGGGGCCGUGGCCGAGCCAUUUACAGCCCUAUCCGGGCAGCUCCCACCCCGUCGCCCAUCCCUGCCUACGGGAGUGUGGUGUACCCGGAUGGGCUAUAUGGCACUGACGUCUAUGGCUAUGCAGCGUACCGGGUGGCACAACCCCCCGGGGCGGCGGCGUACACCGACGGGUACGGCCGGGUCUACACCACGGCGGAUCCUUACCACCACGCCGUCGCUCCAGCCUACGGCGUCGGAGCCAUGGCCAGCCUGUACCGCGGAGGGUACAACCGCUUCACGCCAUACUGAGGAACCAGGGGCUGCGAAGGCCGGCGGCGGUGACGGGAAGGAGCCUGGGCAGUGGGCUCUGAGAUCUCGGUGUGGAUAGGGACGGGUGGUGGUGGGGGGGCAAUUUACAUCAAGUCCUCUGCUCCCAACACAGAGUGUCCCGGACGGGUCGGGACACCCAGUCCAGCCCUAGCACCCCAGACCCGUUACCCAGAAUCCCCCUGGGGAACUCCACCUGGCCCCAGCAUCAGUUACCCAGAUCCUGCCUGGCCCCGGUCCCCUGGCCAUAGAGACAAUGGGGUUGGCACGUGCAGAGAGGGGAACACUGCUGCCCACCAGGGAGUGGAGAUGAGGGUGAAUUUGGCCAGUGUUUAAUAUCCGACGCCUGCAUCACAACCGGGUCAGGAUGGGGCCGUAAGGGUGUCACCGAGUGGGGCUCGGUCUUUUCGAUCAGUGGUUCUCAACCCGCCCAGAUGACCGUACCCCAUUCAGGCGUCUGCUUUGUCUUGCCUACGCCUGCAUUUCACCCCUCUUAAAAAUGAUGUCAACCUCCUGAAGCUGCUCGCCCCAGGGUUUACAUUUAGUUGCAGCUAUCCGGAGCGGAGCUCUGGUCAAUAUUUCCAACCCCCCCCGGGGUUUUUAUAGCAGGCUGGGGCGUGGGAGGGACAUAUUCUCUGCGACAUUUAGCCCUGGCGUGCACACAUGAGUAAAUGACACCAAACGCGUGUCUAAUACAGUGUGAAUCCACACAGUAUGUAACCGUAGAAAGCAGUCUAGAGAGCAGCAUAAGCUAGGCCUUGUCUGUAUGAAAUGUUAAUGACUCAGCUGGUGCUUUUUAUGUCACCUGUUGUAAAACUGGACA